GCUCAAAAUGAUCGGGUAUGGGCGAUCAAUCGUCAAGAAGCUGAUAAAAAGGGUGGCGUGAAACAAAUACAUCAAUUUCCCACAAAGAUAAUGGUUUGGCUUGGAGCAUGUGGAAAAGGGCUAACCACGCUCGUUGCCGCUGGCGCUAUUGCCGAGAGAUGGUUAUCGGAGACCUAUGGGAUAGAAAUUGUUGCCUAUGUCAGUGGAAUCGGGCACAUUGAAAUGCCAACAGAAACCGAAGUAUUACUCAAGCAAUCGUCACUACAAAAGCCACAAAUAGAUUAA